AUGCCUGACGCAUGCAUCUUUGUAUGCGUGUCUUGCAAAGCAAACGAGCCGAGGCAGAGUGACGAGACCCAGCAAUGCCUGGGGACUAAUCGGAACAUGGUGUCCAAUGGUGCAGGAGCCGAUCAGUCGGAAGCAGCAGAAGAGGUGCAGUCCGUCUGCGAGGAGUCUGAUCGCUUUCUGUUUCUGGCCUUCCAAGUCGACCGAUGUGCAUGUUUUGGCUUGCACUUUUUGUCACCGUCUCAACUGUUGCCGUUUUGGGGCAAGACAAAACCAGCAACCCCACUCUCCACUCGCUAUGACCGCAUGUGUGAAAUGGCUGUUUUCAUGACGAAUCCCGUGGAAUAG